UCAGCGACACUAGGCUCCCGCGUAAACACGUUCGAUAGCUACAGUCCAUAGUUUGCGGACUUUAAAUUGUCGUACUCCCUCACGAGGUGCACAUACGGAGUAGAACUACGUAUCGGCGUACCGCCUGCACGGGCCACCUCGGGGUUCAUUUCAACUUCCCCCACGCGCCAGGGAACUCCGAAAAGACAACACUGUCAACGGAGACAUCGUUUAUCUGGCUCCAACAUUGGUUCUCAAGGGUUCUUUUGGCCACUCCCUAAGACACACUGCAUCUCGAGACCUUUUCGCGAUCGCCAAAUGUUCGGUCUUGACUUGUGCCGGCCCCCUAUGACCUAACCCGUUAUCAGCGCAUGUUCUACUUUUGAGUUCAUGACCAAUGCUACCAGCAUACACACUCGCUUAAAAACUACAGUCGCCAUCCCAUAAUAAUUGGGUAAUUGCAGCUUUCUAUCUCGAAUUGGAGUGUCUCACCCUCACCUUCCAAAAUGAUCUCCCAAAGGCGCAUUCGGGUUCUCAUCGUGACGACGCUGGCCGUGUUCAUAUUAUACUUGCACUACUCGGGUGAAAGUCAAAGCGUUCAAAACCAGAAAUUUUACCAGUCGACCGUUGCCGCAAUUAACGCGGAGAAGGCGAACACGGGUAACGCAGGCGCGGGACAUCAUCCACCGAAUACGAACAAGGAUCAGCCGGAUGAGGGUUAUACUUACGUCGAUAGAGGUGAUGAUAAGCAGGAACCAGCGAUCCCUAAGGCGCAACCGGAGGUACAGGAGCAGCCAAAGGCUCCUGAGGACCAGGAUACUGAGGAAAUUCCUAUCGCGGGUCGGACAAAGAUGACGGUGCCUAAGGGGAAGGACCCGGAUAAUGGUCGGGUCGGGGCUGAGGCUGAGGCUGAGGCUGAAAACGUACCUACGAAGGACAAGGAGGACGAACAGGAGAAAAAGAAACAGCAAGAACUUGAGGAUGAGCAAGCGAAGGUGAAGGCUGAGUUGAACGGGAUAUUGAAGCGGUCGCCAAUUAUCAUCUUUUCAAAAUCCUAUUGCCCGUUUAGUAAGAAAGCCAAGACAAUUCUCCUAGAAAAGUACUCGAUUGUACCGGCUCCUUUCGUUGUCGAGCUGGACCAACACCCGCUUGGUUCGCAACUACAGGCGCUUCUCGGUGAGAAUACAGGCCGUCAAACGGUCCCGAACAUCCUAGUGAACGGGAGGAGUAUUGGCGGCGGGGAUGAUAUCGUUGCACUAGACGAUCAUGAAGAGCUAGCGUCAAGAUUGAAGAGUUUAGGUAGUAAGUGGCUUCAAGAAGUCAAACUGAGGGAGACCGGCAGUGCCGAUUAAACCUGGCAAUGUUCUCUACUAACUUCAGCAAACCCUGCCUUUUGGUGAGCGGUCUUGGCGCGGAUAGCAGAGAUAUUGAAGAAGCGGUGUUGUCAUUAUUUUUCUUCCUUGUAUAUAUUUUAGUAUGAUCCAUGAUGUGAUAAUGUAUAAUAUCAGAUUUUCCAACAAUCUAAUCGGCGACCUGGCAGGUCAGAUGCACGUUCGAACAGGGCUGUAUACUUCGAGGAAGACUCGGCGUGGUCCUUGAUACGAAAGAGGAACCCUAGAACCUAACGGACACGCUAAACCCGAUUCGACGCUAAGCGACGCACAACCCCGUGAUUCGUGAUUUCGCUCCACCACCACCGGGAAAGAUUGUGUGCGCGGCUUUCGACUGAUUUUCGAUCUUCUCGACGACCCGACUGCUCGAC